UUAGCAAGCGUUAUCUUGUUCCUAUGAUAACAAGAACAAUCCCGCGGUCGAGAAAGAUGGGGCUAAACUAGUGCGAUGUGUGAUUUAGUGUCAUUAACCAGGACCAUGUGCUUCUAUACAAGUGUUGACAUAUUGUUUAGGAUUUGUUAAAUUUAUCUACGAAAUUUUCUACCACGAGACAAACAGCCAUGGCGGUGUACAGUAUUAUGCACAUUCAGAAGUGAAAAACCCAAACUCAAAUGUUUCGUAGACAAGAAACAAGUACGAAGAUAUUGAACACCGCGUAGUAUAAAACAUAUAACGCUUAUAAAGGCCACAUGACUUUACGCGCUGAUGAUUACCACUGUACGAUAAUGAGCAAUAACCAAUAGGCCAAUGAAGAGGGAUCUUGAAACAUAAUUACCGCUGGUUAAUCAAACAAAUAUAUAAGAAAUAUUAAUUUCUGAAAGAAAUACUACUGCCAUCUUGGAGAACAGCAAAACUCAUAACAUGCAAAUUUGAAAUUGUUGAGAACAAAACGCAUAACACGUGUAUGAUUAAUGUAUAACUCAAUGCGUUUUCAAAUUAUGCGUUGUUGCUAUCAAGUUAACGGCAAUGUGUGCGAGUAACGGAAUUACCAGAAUAUUUGGCACGUUUCAUUGAAGAUUUUCAAAAGUUCUUAACAGCAAGUAGUUUCGAUAUUUAAAAUUUGCAUGUGGGAUUUGUUCUGCAUGGUAAACCACUUUUUAUAUAUUCAUUUGGCAGUCACACUCGAAGUAUUCCAAAGAUAACUUGUAAAAGUUUUAUCAGGUUUCCGUGGUGUUUCGUAUAUUUAUGAUAUAAACUAAAAUCAGGGCUAAAGGCUCUGUUCUGUUAACAUAAUGAUUGUCUUAGAUACCGUGACCCAUUAAAACAAACAGAUCAGAUUGACAAAUUUAGUGCAAUUGAAUGUGCGGAAACUUUUGGUGAAGUGGUGGUCAUUUGAGAGAAAGAGUGCUUUACAAAGUUAUCGCUCCAUGUGUUAAAUUUAAUUGCAUAGGAGUUUUGAAAAAGCAUUAAAAUGGAUAAAUAGAUCGCCUUAAACAGAAAGAAAUAAACCUUAACAAUAUUACUUGCUGAAAGUUUGGAUUUUCCGAUAAAAACCAACAUUAUUCGAGCACAGGUACGUACAUUUUAAACUGUUUCACAUGAACAUGGUUAGCAGGAAUUUAUUGUCGAAUUUAAGAGCAACAAGAUUUAUAUAGAUUGUGUCAGGGAUUGUUGCAAUGCUGACUGUAAUAUUUACUAUCUCGUGGAUAAUAAAAUACCAUACGGAACAAUGCCGUGAUCUUUGAUUUAUGACGAAUUUUUCUGUGUGGUACGUUGAAGGCUAUGAAACACAAUUUUGUCCGAACAAAUUCAGAUGUGAAGAAGGUGUAUCAUUGAAAGGCCACAUACAAGCAAACAAGAUCUGACGUUAAGAUACGAAGCGGUGGAGUUGAUUCUAGAAUCUGAAAUUUGGAACUUCUAAUAAUCUUCACAAGCGAAACACAGCUAGAUUGGAAAUGAAAUGGAACAUAAGAUGGCUGCUGUUCGCAGGAGGCCUAGUGCUCAUUUUGGUCACGACUGUACAGUUUAUGCAUAUUUCCAAACAAUUAUCCCUCAACAAAAGGGACGCUUUAAUUCACCAAAGAACGCACACCUGUCCCGACAUACUCCCGCUUCUCGGCGGUGUGCGAAUAUUCUCUGACGAACGAGAAGUCCGCCAUAUUGCUUUUCUGAAAGUACAUAAAGCGGCCAGUGGUACUGCUACAUCUAUAUUUUUUCGGUUUGGGACUGAGCGUAAACUCAAUUUUUUGCGACCAACAUGGCUAAAUAUUGUAAGUUCCUCCGAAACAAUCAUAGACCGCCAGCUGAGAAAUCCGCUCGACAAACCCUAUGACAUCACAACUAGUCAUGUGAUUUAUAAUCGGAAGGCUUUUGAAAGCUAUUUGCAUAAUGAUACCGUAUAUAUUGGUAUUAUUCGAGAACCGUAUUUACAGUUUAAGUCCAGUAUGAACUAUAUGGCACCGAACUACGUGUACAAUAUUUCCAGCGAAGAUCCCAUUCAACUUUACCUCAAAGACCCGAUGAAAUAUGAAGUGGCACCAAAUCCGCGAAAGUCAUGGAUAAACAAUCGACAAGCUGCCGAAUUUGGCACUCCAGAUGACGUCAUUAUGAAGCGGAAUAUAACUGCAAUGUCCGACUACGUCAAGAAACUGAACAAAGAAUUCCAUCUAGUGAUUAUAGCAGAAUACUUUGACGAAUCUAUUGUGUUAAUGAAAAGGUUGUUGAAUUGGAAAGUUUCGGAUAUUCUCUACCGAUGGUUUCAUACACGCGGAUGGGACCGAAAAUUAACGAUCCCACGUGCACAUGACCGUCGGUUAUACCGGAAGUACGCUUUCGCUGAUUACGCAAUCUAUGACUUUUUCUAUCAGAAACUUUGGCGGCAAAUCUCAAAUGCUGGUGAUGAUUUCUUCGCAGAAGUUCUCUAUUUCAAAGAAAUUCGAGAAGAAAUGGACGAUUUCUGCAAAGUGUACCCUAAUAUCACGGACACCGUAACCUUACGAGCUAGUGAGUGGUCCCCGGAAAUCCUCGUGGACAAGGAACUGUGCCGUAAAAUAUACUGGGAAGAAGAAGAUUGGGUGAAAUAUAUAAACUCGGACCAAUACUCGUACAAGACAAGUUGACAAGUGAUAUAAGUUGAUAUUAAUGAGUAUAUGAACUCUAAAAUUCAUAUUUAUACAGUUUAUCAUUUAAUCAAAUAUUUCCAUCACUAUGUACGCUGUGUAUACUGCUUUGUUAGUAUAUUACUAUUAUACUGUGAGUUAAUUAGCAAAAAUGCUUCAGUAAUGUGCAAAUUAUGAGAACAACUUUAAUGUUUUUCUCAUGAUGACUAAGCGUUGAUUUUGCACCACGGUAAAAUUAAUGUGUAAAAAAAUCUAAAUUCAA